CUUCCGUACAUGUAACUCUCGCAAGCUGCAAAUCAUGGACCCCUUUCAUAGGAGUUUCCUUUUGGAAGAACUAACGCCAGUUUUGAGAUUACCAGGACUUGUAAUAUUACAUGUAUGGCUAUUACACACACAAGAAAGUGACAUAUGGACGUCGACUACAUUGAGGCCUGGUGUUAUCUGUGUUGCGAUCCUAAUUCCACUGCUACUCCUUUUUCUGCCACAGGAGAUACUAAUAACACUAUACAAGAUGUUGGGAUUCAUCCUGUAUGGUUUGAUGCAGAGAAUCCGCAUCGAUUCUUUGGAACAAAAUGAUAAUCAUGACAAUGGGAUACUUUCAUUUUUUUACUAUCAGCCAUCUUCAUUUGAUAUAGUAUUUUUACAUGUAUUGACAAGUAUUUUGUUAUCCCCUCUGGGGCUAAUCUUGUUCGGGAUAAAAUUUGCCCUGGUGUCUGUUUUUCUGCCAUUUGUAUGGCUAUUUUUAGGGUUUACGACGAAUACAAUAGGGUAUCUCUUAAUUAUCACCGAGUAUUUGUUCCUUAUUUACGUACUGUUUCAUUUCGCAAAUUUAGUUAUCACUCUCAUUUUACUAUGCAAGGCGGAAACGCUCAGGAUUAUCCAACUAGUAAAAACCCAGAGGUUGUACUCUGUCACUUUUUUUAUUGAUUUUAUAUCAUCACGUGUGCUAUCACAGCUGUUUUUGUUUUGGAUUGCUUAUUUUGUGAUCCCAAUAAUUGAAGAAACAAUGUCUUUGGAUUGGGGGACAUUUGUGAGCAAUUUCGUUACUGACAUGUGUCGGACCUUUGUUGGAUUCGCUGCUAUUAGUGCUGCUGUGUCGUAUGUAUCGCAUUAUCUCCGUUUGAUUUCGAGAUUUUUUUUACACGGCUGCGAAAAUGCAACGGCUAUAUUUGAAACUAACAAAGAUUUACAAGAAGGAAUGGUCUUCUUUUUAAUUGUCAGAUUUGUACUGUCAAAGACGGACUUUCAAGAACAUGAUCCCAACAAUCAAGUUGGAUUUAUACUCCUUCUUGUCGUAACAAUAUCUUUAAACAGCGUCCAUCAAUUGUUGGACUCGGAGAUUUUCCCGCUACGUGCAUUUCCAGCUAUCCAUAUUUUCAAGUCAACCCGAGUUCUGGUUAUGUACGGCCUACUCCUGUCCUUGUUUUUAUACGUUGAUCAUGCAGUGUGUCUGCUCGUUGGUUUUGACACUUCCUUUCCAAUUGUAAUAAUGGGAUUAUCGAAAUGUAUCCAAAUCAUUUUUACCAUCGACAUGUAUUAUACUAUAUCAAUACGUCGGGCUCUACGUUCCCUUGACAGAGUAAACUACGUGAGAUCGAGGCUUCAGCUGCUGGACUGUGUUGGAUUCGUCGUUGUAGCAUGUGUUGGAGGAUUCAGCACGAUUCAGAUUAUUUUGUAUGCUUUACUUUGCUAUCAUAGUGUUCGGAAUAUAUUUCAAAUAGUUUCGUCAUAAGAAGAGAAGCUUGAAAAAGCUUCUUUAGAAACAGAUUUGCUUCACUUACCCAAAACUCCCUCCGUGAAUUGGAUUAGCAAGGAUGAUACUGAUGGGAUGGGUUGUUGUUGUUGUCUUUUCUUGUUGUUGCUGUUGGGAUUUUUGGGGGGUGGGGUUGCAUUAGUGAAAAAAACUUCCAAUGCAUCUGUCACUGCUUUAUCAACAUACAUAUGUAAAUUCCAUUCUGUUGUUGAUAUACGUAAAUAAAUUUUGGAAUUGAAGACUGUUUUCUUAGAAAUAUUAUUUUGUCAUGCAAUUAUGGUAUUGAUUUUACAUUUCUUAUAUAUUUGAAAUUAAAAUUCCCCAUUAUCUGUAUUAGUGAAAGGGUGUGGAGACUAAAAUUUUCAUCGUAAUACUUUCAGAAUAUUUGCAUGGAUCUUUUGAAUGGGGUCUAUAAAUAGUCCCCCCCCCCCUGAUUAUUUCAGAGUAAAUAAACCCACAUACUACCACCGUAUCUUCACAAAGACAGUCACAUUGAAUCACUCUUUUUUUUAAUAGUAAUUGUUAUUUUUGUAUAAGACAUCAUAGCAUCCAUUACUUUAGGAGUAAUGCAGUCAAUUCUUUACUUCAAAGGACUAUUAUAUUAUAUAGGCCUAGUAUUGUCCCCUUAAAUGAACAUCAUUAAUUUCUGUAAUUGCUUUGUAUAAAUAUGCAUGUAAAGUUUAUCAUCAUUUCCAUUUUGAUCCAAAUGUCCCAAUUUUGAAAUACAACAUCAUAAAGUUAACCUUUCCCACCACUUCGCAUUUUUAGCAUAUAACGGCUCGGAUCAAAGAUUUUGUUUAAAGGAAACACUGAGCAAUUGUUUGAACAAACAAAAUGUUUCAUCAAAGAUGUUUC